CCCGCAGAUUCCACAAACCAACUGCUGGGCUGCAGCGAAAAUUCUGUCCCUAAAUUUGGAGCACUCCAGCUUUCUGUAAGAUUAUGAUCUACAUAGCGGCAGCAAAAAGGUAAACAAAACACAUAUGCCCUGUGAAGAUUCUGAAAGGAUUCUGUAGCAGAAAAACAAUGGCCCCUCCAAAGAGUCACCGAGUAUGGAGAGAGCUGCUCCUUCUGUGCGCGCUGCUGGGAACGCUGUGGGAGGCCAGAGCCAGUCAGAUCCGCUACUCGGUGCCAGAAGAGACGGACAAAGGCUUCUUCGUGGGUAACAUCUCCAAGGACCUGGGACUGGAGCCCUGGGAGCUGGCGAAGCAUGGAGUCCGCAUCAUCUCUAGAGGUAGGACUCAGCUCUUUGCUCUGAACUCGCGAAGCGGCAGCUUGGUCACCGCGGGCAGGAUUGACCGGGAGGAGCUCUGUGCUCAAAGCGCGCGGUGUCUUGUAAAUAUUAACAUCCUGAUAGAGGAUAGAGGAAAACUCUUUGGGACAGAAAUAGAAAUAACUGAUAUUAACGAUAAUAACCCAAAAUUCCAGGUCAAAAAUCUCGAGGUAAAGAUUAACGAAAUCGCUGCUCCUGGAGCACGUUAUCCACUCCCAGAGGCUGUAGACCUCGAUGUGGGCGUGAACUCCCUCCAGAGCUACCAGCUCAGCCCCAAUCACCAUUUCUCCCUGGACGUGCAAACUGGAGACGAUGGAACUAUAAACCCAGAGCUGGUGCUGGAGCGCGCCCUGGACAGAGAGGAAGAGGCUGCUCACCACCUGGUCCUCACAGCAUCCGAUGGUGGCGACCCGCGUCGCUCCAGCACAGUGCACAUCCGUGUGAUAGUUCUGGAUACAAACGAUAAUGCCCCAAUUUUUGCUCAAUCGAUUUACCGAGUGAAAGUCCCAGAGAACUUGCCCCCAGGCACCCCAUUGCUUACAGUAAGUGCUAGCGACCUUGAUGAGGGAGCCAAUGGAAAAGUGGCAUAUAAAUUCUGGAAAAUCAAUGAAAAACGGUCUCAAAUAUUCCAUCUUAAUGAAAAUACUGGGGAAAUAUCAACAGCAAAAAGUCUAGAUUAUGAAGAAUGUUCAUUUUAUGAAAUGGAAAUACAGGCUGAAGAUGUGGGGGCACUUCUAGGGAGGACCAAAGUGCUUAUUUCAGUGGAAGAUGUAAAUGACAAUAAACCAGAAGUGAUCAUUACAUCUUUGUUUAGCCCAGUGUUGGAAAAUUCUCUUCCUGGGACAGUAAUUGCCUUCUUGAAUGUGCAUGACCAAGACUCCGGGAAGAAUGGUCAAGUUGUCUGUUACACAAGUGAUAAUUUACCUUUUAAGUUAGAAAAGUCAGUAGAAAAUUAUUACAGAUUGGUGACAUGGGAAUACUUGGACCGAGAAAAAGUCUCUAUCUACAAUAUCACAGUGGUAGCCUCAGAUAUGGGAACUCCACCUCUGUCUACUGAAACUAAUAUCCUUCUGCUCGUGGCAGACAUCAAUGACAACCCACCCACUUUCCCUCAUGCUUCCUACUCAGCAUAUAUCCCAGAGAACAACGUGAGAGGUGCCUCUAUCUUUUCAUUAACUGCACACGACCCCGACGACCAGAAAAAUGCACAGGUCACUUACUCUGUCACUGAGGACACCAACCAGGGGGCCCCCCUGUCCUUCUAUGUCUCCAUCAACUCUGACACUGGUGUCCUGUAUGCACUGCAAUCUUUUGACUAUGAGCAGAUCCAAGACUUGCAGUUACUGGUGACAGCCACUGACAGCGGGGACCCUCCCCUCAGUAGCAAUGUGUCACUGAGCCUGUAUGUGCUGGACCAGAACGAUAAUGUGCCUGAGAUUCUGUACCCCAUCAUUCCUACCCAUGAUUCCACUGGCGUGGAACUGGCACCCCGCUCCGCAGAGCCUGGCUACCUGGUGACCAAGGUGGUGGCAGUGGACAGAGAUUCUGGCCAGAACGCCUGGCUGUCUUACUAUCUGCUCAAGGCCAGCGAGCCUGGGCUCUUCGCAGUUGGGCUGCACACAGGUGAGGUGCGCACUGCGCGGGGCCUGCUGGACAGAGACGCACUCAAGCAGAUCCUCCUAGUAGCUGUUCAGGAUCAUGGCCAGCCGCCUCUCUCAGCCACCAUCACUCUCACUGUGGCAGUGGCUGACAGUAUCCCCGACGUUUUGUCUGACUUGGGCCGCAUCAGGACUCCUGCAGUCCCAGAUGAUUCAGACCUCACUCUUUACCUGGUGGUGGCAGUGGCUGUGGUCUCCUGUGUCUUCCUGGCCUUUGUCGUUGUGCUGCUGGCACUCAGGCUGAGGCGCUGGCACUCAUCACGCCUGCUGCAGGCUGCAGGUGGUGGAUUGGCAGGCAUGCCCACCUCGCACUUUGUGGGCAUUGACAGGGUACAGGCUUUUCUACAGACCUAUUCCCAGGAGGUCUCCCUCACCUCAGGCUCCGGGAAGAGUCAUGUUAUCUUUCCUCAGCCCAACUAUGCAGACACACUCAUCAGCCAAGAGAGCUGUGAGAAAAGUGAUUCUUUGUUAACAUCCAUAAAAUUUCAUGAAUGUAAAGAUGAAGCUGCUUGUGCUCAGCAAGCCCCACCCAACACGGACUGGCGUUUCUCUCAGGCCCAGAGACCCGGCACCAGCGGCUCCCAAAAUGGCGAUGAAACUGGCACCUGGCCCAACAACCAAUUCGACACAGAGAUGCUGCAAGCCAUGAUCUUGGCCUCCGCCAGUGAAGCUGCUGAUGGGAGCUCCACCCUGGGAGGCGGCGCCGGCACCAUGGGCUUGAGUGCCCGCUAUGGACCCCAGUUCACUCUGCAGCAUGUGCCCGACUAUCGCCAGAAUGUCUACAUCCCUGGUAGCAAUGCCACACUGACCAACGCAGCUGGCAAGCGGGAUGGCAAAGCCCCAGCAAGUGGCAAUGGCAAUAAGAAGAAGUCUGGCAAGAAGGAGAAAAAGUAAUGUGGAGGCCAAGCCUAGAGCCACAGGGCAGCCUCCCUCCCCAACCAGUCCAGCUUCUCUUUACCUGUACCCAGGCCUCAGAAUUUCAGGGCUCACCCCCAGGAUACUGGUAGGGGCCAAGGCCAUGCCCCCCUUGGGAAACAGAAACAAGUGCCCAAUCAACAACCCCCCUGUCUGCCCCCAGGGGGUUGAAUAUGCAAAGGGAGUUCUGCUGGGAACCCCCGUCCAAUCAAUUGCUGUACCCAUGGGGAUAGUGGGGUCAGUGUAGAUGCCAAGAACCAUUUGUCACACCCCCUUCAGUUACAGCUGAACUUCUUCAUCUUCUAAAUCAAUCAGGCCCAUCCAUCCCCUGCCACCCUCCUCCCUAUCCCACCCACUUCUUCAGUAGAUCCUCUCUCUUUAGUAAGGUGGUUGGGGUGUUGAGGUACCUGAAAAGGUCAUAGUUCUGAAGAGUUGGAAGGGCAUCUUGACCUCUUGGCCUCUCCUUCAAUUCUCAAUCUUCCCCCAAAGCAUGGUUUGGUGUCAGUCCCUUCACCUCCUUCCAGAGUCUGAGACCAAUGCUCAAGUUUUGAGGGACAUGGUCACCAUUCCCAUGCUACUGAUGUUUGCUGGCUUUAGGGAGGGCAUUUUGCUACCAAGCCUCUUCGCAACACCCUGGGGACCGGUCUUUUGUUUUGUUUUUUCAUCGUUUGAUGUUCCGAUUGCAUGCUGUGACUUCCCUAACCCCUUCUCAAAAAGAGACUCCAUUGCAUGUUCCAGGACAGUAUGGGGUAGUAAGAUAAAGAAGGGAAGUGUAUGUAUGUGGAUGGGGGGGAUGAACAAAGCUUGACCUUCAGUUAACAGGGUCUUGCAGGAGGCUCUGUAUGUCCCCGUGGUACUGACCAGAUCCCCAAAUUCCAGCCAUAAACCAAGCACCAGGCUGGACCCUCACCCCCCACAUAUAGGGCUCAGCCUAGGCAGCCAGCUUUGGGCUGAGCUACCAGGACCAAUGGAUUUAAACUGGCAUUUCAGCCCAAGGAAGCUCUGAAUGGGUUUAGAACCAGGUCCCCCAGAGAGGUCAGAGGGGCCUCUGUGGGUGCUGGGUACUCCAGAGGUACCAGUGGUGGAAGGGUCAGUGGAGCCCCAGCAGGAGGGAGGGCCAGCUAGGCCAUUCUUGGUCCCUGGGAGCAGGGACCAGAGUGACAGAAAGUCUCAGCCCAGGAUAAAGCUUCUUCACAGGGCUUCUGCACGCCUCAAGCCUUGGUCCUUCACCUUGCCAGGUGCCAUUUCUUCUCUGUGAAGGCCACUGCCCAGGCCCCCAGUGCGCCCCCUAGUGGCCAGAGCCUGGUUAAAGUCCCCCAGUGCCUCCUUGUGCAUAGAACUUCCAUUACUCUUCCCUAUCUGCCCCCGGGUUCCCGUUCAUCCAGCGGGGCUUCGAGAGAACCCCAUCCCAGUCCUUACAGUAGUGUAGAGCCCCCUCCCUCUUACGGCCGGUGUAGAAUAGCCAAUAGUGUAGUGCGGUGUGCUUUUACGUGAUGGCGAGUGGGCAGCGGGCGGCGGGCUCCGCGCAGCCCUCUGUCCUUGAAUCUGCCUGCAGCGGCCCGUGCUGUGUUUUGUGCUGUGUCCAUGCGCUGCGGCGACCCCCUCCCCCGUACUGACUCCUAUAAGCGCUUCUCUUCGCAUAGUCACGUAGCUCCCACCCCCUUCCUGUGUCUCACGCAAGUUUUAUACUCUAAUAUUUAUAUGGCUUUUUUCUUCAAAAUAAAUAAAUAAACGAAAAGGUUUCUUCUGAAA